ACUAAUAAGACCCCCUUCCCUCUUCUUCACUCCGAUUCCCCAGAAUUGCAUUAUUAUUAUUUUGUUGAUUCUUGUCUUGUCGCUGCCCGGCAGUGCCGCUAUUCAUCGUCUCGUCUCUCCUCACUCUUUCCUCCUCUCCGCCCUUCUAUUCCUUCCCUGAUCCCUCUCUCUCUCUAGGUCAGACUACAAACCCUAAAUUCCCUAAUUUGCUAGUCUAUCCCAGAAUCAAGUGAACAACAAUCAUCAUGAAAUUACUCGAAACCGACCAUCUCCACCUCUCAACCCAGCUAAUCUCCUCUCUCAUGCAGGAGAUACCCCAUAUUCAGAUCUUCAGAGGCAAGUGGUCUAUAAUCAGAAACAAGCUAGAAAACCUCCCAACUCAACUUAAAGAUCUCUCCGACUUCCCCAACUUCUAUUCCAACCCUCUCUCUCUUGACCUUGUCCAAUCUGUCUCCCAAACCCUAACCGACACUCUCGCCUUGGCUAACAAGUGCAGAAUCUCCGCUUUGACCGAUGGCAAGCUCAGAACCCAGAGCGAUCUCGACUCAGUCGCUGCCAAGCUCGACCAGCACACCAGGGAUUGCGAGCUCUUGAUUCGCAGCGGCGUUCUUCAGGACACAAACGCCGGUCCUGGGUGCGCCACCACGACGACUUCCAAGCGUGAAGUGGUCCGAGUCGAAGCCAGAAACUUGAUAACUCGUUUGCAGAUCGGGAACGCGGAGGCUAAAAACGCUGCCAUGGAUUCCUUGCUUGGAUUGCUCCAGGAGGAUGAUAAGAACGUCCUAAUCGCCGUCGCACAGGGUGCGGUUCCAGUUCUUGUUCGGUUACUUGAUUCGAGCUCCCUGGAGAUCAAGGAGAAAUCCGUUGCGGCGAUUUCGAGGAUUUCGGUUGUGGAUUCCAGCAAGCAUGUUUUGAUUGCCGAAGGGGUUCUACUACUGAAUCAUCUGAUUCGGGUUCUUGAAUCGGGAAGUGGGUUUGCAAAGGAGAAGGCUUGUAUUACCCUUCAAGCUCUCAGUUUCUCCAAAGAGAAUGCGAGAGCCAUUGGGUCUAGAGGCGGGAUUUCUUCUCUUCUGGAAAUUUGCCAGGCCGGAACGCCUGGUUCUCAGGCCUUCGCCGCUGGGGUGUUGAGAAAUCUUGCUACAUUCGCCGAAAUCAGGCAGAAUUUUAUCGAAGAGACUGCGGUGCCGGUUCUUAUUGCGCUUUCGACCUCAGGAACUGCAAUUGCCCAAGAGAAUUCGAUUGGGUGUUUGUGUAAUUUGGCUUCCGAGGAUGACAAUUUAAAGCUCUUGGUUGCUCGAGAAGGUGGGAUUGGGUGUCUGAAAAAUUUCUGGGACUCGGCUCAGACGGCUCGGAGCCUUGAGGUUGCAGUUGGGUUGUUAAGGAACUUGGCGUCUUGUAGGCCCAUUGCCGACGUUCUUGUUUCCAACUGGUUCAUAUCUCGGCUUGUGGGUGUGUUGAGUUGCGGGGUUUCCGUUGUGAGAACCACAGCUGCCAGAGCCGUGUUUGUGCUUGGGUAUAACACCAAGGCAAGGAAAGACAUGGGAGAAUCUGGAUGCAUUCCCCCUCUGGUUAGGAUGUUGGAUGCCAAGGCGGUUGAAGAGAGAGAAGCGGCUGCAAUGGCCUUGUCGUCUCUAUUGCUCCAUACAGGUAAUAGAAGGGUUUUCCGCAAGGACGAGAGGGGGAUCACCAGUACAGUUCAGCUUCUCGAUCCUUUAAUACAGAAUUUGGAUAAGAAAUAUCCAAUCUCUGUCUUGGCUUCCAUCGUACAGUCUAGAAAGUGUCGGAAACAGAUGGUUGCCGUAGGGGCUUGUGGUUAUCUGCAGAAACUUGUUGAGAUGGAGAUUGAUGGAGCAGUGAAACUUCUCGAAAGCCUGAGUCGGGGUAAGCUAUGGGGCGUAUUUGCCAGAACAUAAGACGAUGAAAGAGUUAUGGAGACAACCAUCAUGGAUAGUGUUGGGGUGAUUCCUUUGUUGAUCUGUAUGUACCAUAUUUUGUGUUUCAAUUUACAAUUUUUGCUCUGUUUUAUUGCUCUUCCUAGUCUUGGUUAGGAAAAGGUAAAUGUUGUUAUCCACUUACCCUAAUCGCUGAUGUAUAUCUCUGUGUAGAGUUAGAUUCUUGGUUUGUUCACCAAACUGGAUUUAAACUUGUUUUUCCUUCCUAAACACCCAAUAAAUAAUUAGUAAUAUUGUGUGCCUCCUUGGUUUCA